AUGCGCAUGCGUUGGGAGAGUAUCGACUCGACCACAGUAUUUGGCGGAGCUUGCCUGUUCUUCUCGUUUGUUGUGCAGCGCUCAUUCGAUCAACAAUCCGAGCUAUACUCCGAGAUACUCUGCUGGACGUUACUCCCACUCCUGCUUCGAGUCCGAGAAAGGCUCUUCAAGACCAGCAGGUAUCGAGACUUGUCCGGCGACUCCGACUUGAAGCCGACUUUCCUCAACAAUCUAUGGCUCUGGACGAUCGCGGCAAUUCAGACAUGGAUUCAAUCCGAAAGUGCUACAUCAGCAACACGUCGCCUUUCAGGUACUGCGUUAUGCGCCGUGGUGGGCAUUUUGAGCUUGUCGAGCGGUGACAUUGGCAGCUCGGCACUGUCUCUUAUUGCAGUCUUGCCUCAGCUACUUGUCUACAUUGCUCUACUACCCAAGGAGGUGCUCGGGUUGUGUAGACUUCCUGUCAUCCGCGAUGAGGGUAUGGACAUAUCACGACUUUGCUGGAGAAUUGUGGCCACGUUGGCCAUGGUUGCGGGCAUCUUCUUGGGCAUCUUUGGCCUCAUCAUACCUUCCAUGACCCAUACGUUCGCUACAGGCGUGGCCAAGGCAAUGUUAUGGUUCUCCCUUCUUCAAUUGAGACAACACGCUCCGUGGUAUAUUGCUCCUGCCAUCGAGACUUUUGGCCUCGUCGCUACUCGUGACCCAUACGUCCAGUCUUCUGAAGUCCAUGCUGUCUUCGACGUGGUGGCUUCGGUCGUCACACUCGCGCAAGUCGUCUACACUCUGCCGAAAGAAGCCAAGGUCAGACACGGUCUCUGGAUCUUCUUGCUUGCAUCAAUCCUACCAUAUGUGCUCAACUCGCUGGCGAUCAAAGGCAGCAUGACAUCGAUAUUGCACGACCAUCCCGUUGAGAACCUGGUGAACAAUGCGAAAGCCGAAUUCGAACAAUUGCUACAGAGGCAGUCCAGAGAUUUCACAGCAGCUCAAAACGAAUACCAACGCAGAUACAACAUGGAGCCUCCGCCCGGCUUCGAGGACUGGUUCAAUUUUGCAAAGGCACAUAACUCUCCCAUCAUUGACGACUUCAACACCAUCCACGACUCAGUCUCGCCCUUCUGGAGAUUGAGCGGCAACGAAGUCUUCCGAAUGAUGAGGCGUGCUCGAUCAUCAACGCCCACCGAGCUCUGGCAGUGUAUCGUUGGAAGCAAGUCAUCGAAGACCACUUGCGCUCAUCAUGAACAUCAAUUCGACCGACACAUCAGCCUGUUGUUCAACCAACUCCUCGGUGACGAAUCGAUAAAGCUGCCGGGCGUCAAAGUCCUGGUCAACGGUCUUGACGAGCCUAGUAUAAUGAUCCCACCAGAGUCUUUGGGCACCGGCGUAAUUGGAGCGGAUGGGCAUUUCAACCUGACAGUCAUGUCACGACGGCCAAUUUGGGAAGAGCUUACUAGGCACUGUUCAUCAGAGCGAAGGGACGCGAGCUCUCCGGAGAAGCCUGGGACUUUCGGCAUGCCCUUUGUUACGGAUAAAUCGUCGAGCAUGAACCUAUGCCAGCAUCCGGAAUACCGAACAACCCAUGGUCUCCUCCAACGGCCCUCGUCCUUCUCUCUGAUCGAAGAGCCGCUUCCUGUCCUGUCGCCGGGCGUGCCAUCAACCAUGGCCGACAUCCUGUAUCCGAGCGCAGCUUACAUAGAGGAGGAGUUCCAAUACGACGAGACACACGAUCCAGACUGGGACCACAAGCGGAACAACCUCUACUGGGCCGGAUCCAACACCGGCGGCUUCUCAUCCGAUGGUCAGUGGAGAUACUUCCACCGACAACGAUUCGUAGCACUGGCACAGAAUCUGGAGCAAAAGUCCCACAUUUAUCUCCAGAAGAUCGGAGAUAGCGUUCAGCGUGUGGGAUCAUCGUUCCUCAACGCCAGGCUGUACGACGUUGCUUUCACCAGGAUUUUCCAAUGCGAGAGAAGUGCCUGUAGAGGUCAGAGGACUUACUUCAGAAGAAAGCCGUGGGCGGACAGGUACAAGGCGCUUCGAUCACGACUGGCAUUCGACCUCGAUGGCAAUGGUAUCAGCGGGCGAUACUAUCAGCUUCUCGCCUCGAAGUCUGUACCUCUGAAGCAGACUCUUCUCCGAGAGUGGCAUGAUGAUAGGCUGGUACCGUGGGCUCACUACAUUCCCGUCAGUCAAUCUAUGGACGAGCUCCCAGAGCUGGUCAACUAUCUCACAUCGAGCGAGAUCGGACAGCAGAAGGCGAAAGAGAUUGCAGAGCUUGGUCGAGAUUGGCAUGCCAAGGCAUUUCGAGAGGUCGACAUGACUAUAUACGUCUAUCGACUUCUGCUUGAAGUAGCGAGACUGCAAGAUGUGCAGAGAGAGGCGACAGUGCCUGCAACGAGUUGA